AAACAUCACCUCCGCACCGUACCGUCGUCUUCCUGCUCUACCUUCCUCUUGCCCUUCCGCUCCUGUUGGCCGCCUAAUCUAGGUCUUAUUCCCUCCACUGAGGUCUUGGGUUUUGGGUGUUGAAGUUUGUAGAUUGAUCCCCGGAGAACGAGAAGACUACAGCGUCUUUCGAAUUCGGGGUUCAAGACAUGUAUCCAUUCCAAUCCUUUUCAUCAGUUGUAUAUGAAUCCAUGUUAAAGCAUGAUUGUUAGAGCAAGUUCAUCGGUUCUGCCUAAAUUUGUUGGAGAUAUUGCUGAAAUUUAAAAUCAGAGAGGGAUUUCUGAUGCUAAACUAUGUCCCUAAUGGUGUGCUAUAUUUUGUUCCAAAUGUAACUUAUUCUCCAGGACUAUGUGGUCACAUUCCACCUGGAAAUGGACAGAGUCAAAGAUCAACAACAAAGGCAAUUGUUUAAACAAUCAACAUGGCCCGAGUUUGAAGGGUACUUCAUCCUCUUCCCGCACCAACUCAGUUCAGAGGCUGGGGAGUUACCAGGCGAACUAAGUUCAAUUCUUCAUGUUAUCGGUCAGAUUUUCCCCUCACAUCAGAAAGUUUGGGUUAGAUCAAAGUCUUUGUUGGAUAGCGGCCGAGGAAGCUUUACUCUUUCAAGCAGGAUUUCUGGUGGUCGAAGGAGCAGAAAAAAUGGCUCAGAGUCAUCGGGGACAUUGGGUGGACAACAUUGGAAGAAGAGGCAUCAUAAAGUUACCUCCCAGAGACAAUUUAAUCUCAAGACAGAGGUCGGGCGACAUGACAAGCUCGAUAUGCAACUCAUCCCAUUGAAGCUACUUGUGCCGCACGAGAGAAAGGAAUUUGCAACGAAUCUGCUUAAGAACAUGAAUCCUAAGGACACUCAGUGACAGAAAACUGAGGGGGUAAAUUAUGUUAAACCUUUGUACCUUUUAAAGAAGAUUAUGAAAGAAGCCGCUCUGUUGUUCUACAACAUUCUAUGAAAAAUAGUUCAAUAAAACGGUCUGAGUCCUGGUCCAGUCAUGUGUACAGAGCAGGUUUACUUUUAGUUACUGUGUAGGUGCAAAAGAUGUCAAGGGGAAUAUUUUUUGGUGAUGCAAUGUUACUGAUAUAGUUCAUGUAUUUUAUCUUUUGCAGAUAAUGGGAGAGCUAGCUGUCUA